UACACCCACUUUCCCCAAUUUUAACUUAUUAAAUUGAAGUUUCACCCAAAUUCAAAAAAGCCCUACCAUCGUCUUCUCCACAUCGUUUUCUCCACGGCGAUGAACAUGGAGGGCUGGUUUAACUGUAGCGGUGGCGGCGAACGAGACCUCCGUAUAGCAUAUGAUAGACGAAAGGCGAAAGAUGGAAGCGUCGAACCUCAUCCUCCGCCGCGAAAUACUUCUCCUCCACCGCGAAAUCGUUCUCCGCCACGAAAUCCUCCUCGGCCGAGAUAUCGGCCUCCCUCGCCAAAUCUUCCACAUUUGCUGAACACAGAUGGCACAUUCACAACUCGGGUGCAUUACAACGGUUUGAUGAGCAAACCACCUAGGGAAAGGUAUACCGAUGGUUUAGUUGAAUGUAUAAGCAAUUGUGAUCCGGAUAAAUGGUCCAGACUAGAAGUUGAUGACAUGCUUGAAAAAAAGGACUUGAUAUUACUUGGUUGGAGUAUUACUUUGUAAAAUCAAAGAUGAAUAUGAAUGAAGGGUUGGUGCGCCUUUUCGACAGCCAAUCUUCUAUGGAGAUGUCAAAAAUAGGACUGCAAGAAGGAGUGGUUGAUUUAUAUGUUGUGAAUGAACUUGAACCAGCACAUGAUGGUGAUGAAGUUGCAGAAGGUGCCGUGCUAGUGAGCCAGCUAACACAAGAGGAAGUUGCUGAUGUUGAUAAGGAAACUGAAGUGGAAGUAGAAGUGACUGAUGGUGAAGAGGAAACUGAAUUGGAAGUGAAUGAUGGUGAAGAGGAUAUGGCUAGUGGCGACGAAGAACAUGAAAAACAAGUGAAGGAGAAGAAGUCAGUUGCUACUACAAAGAAGAAUACUAGUGAAAAACGUCCAUUUGUGGAUAGUGAUUAUGAUCUAACUGAUGAUGAAGAUGAAAUAAUGAAGAGUCAGGUGGAAUCUUGGAAGAAGCUUGUAAGUGAGAUGGAAACAAGGAAAUGUGAUGAAACUGAAGGUGGUUCAAGUGAGAACCUUCCUAGUGAUUCACCAAGUUCUGGCGAAGAUUUGGUAGGUGACGAUAGAGUGAAAACUCGAAGAUUCAAGCCGGCGAUUGAUCUCAAUGAUGUCAAGUGGGAAAUCGGUUUGCGGUUUACUUCAAAGCAAGAUUUCACUGAACUGAUCCGCCAUCAAGGAGUGAAGAUGGGUAAAAAAUUACGUUUUAAGAAAAAUGAUAAUGCACGUUGCAUCGCAAUUUGCAAAUCUGUGCUCCAUGGUAAGAAUAGGGUUGCAUGUCCAUGGUAUGUUUCAAUCAGAAAUAGGACUACAUAUGGUUACUGGCAGGUUGCACGUCUUCGAGAUAAACACAUUUGUGGUGGCUCUUCUUCAAACCAUGGAUGUGCUAAUUCCAAAUAUCUUAGCAAAAAAUAUAAAGAAGACAUUCGCAUUUUUCCUGGGAUGAGCAUUGGGCAAUUCAUUGAGAAGGUGCAUCAAGACAUGAGAAUCACAAUCACUUUAGGAAAGGCGAAACGUGCUAUCAAACAUGCAUGUUCUUUGAUUGAAGUUGAUUUGAUACAUGUCUAGGAGUGGAAUGAUGUCCGACUACACAUGUCGUAAAUGUGGCGAAAAGGGUCAUAACAAGAGGAAAUGUCCCCAGCUUAUUCCUCUUGAAUCAGAACGUGUUGAUGAAGUUAGCAACCCCAAAGAUACACAAGAAUGUGGGAAGAAGCGUAGGCGUAAUCGUCCACAACAUUGUAGCUUGUGUUAUCAACCGGGUCACAACAGGUCACGAUGUACAAGUACUCUUGCUGCUAUGUACAAUAAGCAUACUUCUUCAAGUGUGCUGGCUAGAACUUCAAGUGGGCGGGUUGGUUCUUCAAAUGCGCCAGCAGCUGGUGAACUCUCGGGAAGGGCCACCGACGUUCAAGCAAUUGAAGAGCCACCGACGUUCAAGCAAUUGAAGAUGCCGCUGGAGGAGCUGCUCGGGUAUGGAAACAUGCUGGUGGCUGAGCUACAUAAUGUCAAGAGAGUGCAGUUGGUCUGACAAAUAUUUGAAGGAUCUUACUUUUGGAGAUGCUAACUAGGAUGCUAUUGAGAGGGUAACUUUCAUGCCUUUAGUUUACCAUUUUUUUGCUACAGGCAACUUAUAAUGAAUGUCUCGUCGUUAUCAUCGACAAUGCUCUAGCUACGUCUGUUUGUAGAAAAUCUGCUUUUUUCUCUCUCAUUUUUUUUGUUUUGCCCAUCUUCAAUAUGAAUUUGAUUCAUACA